AUGUUAACAAGUCAAAAAGUUAGCAGAGUCCUACUGCACCCUUCCCUACUUAAAACACCCGUUUCCACUCAGAGCCGUUCGUUUGUAUUCACGACAAUAGCUACUACACUUUUUGGCUCUGUACUUUGGUCCAAGAAUAAUGUGCUUGCCUCGAAAAUGGAGAAUCACGAAUUGCAUUACAAUGACCCUAACGACAAGUACAGAAAAUUACUUGAAAAAAAACGGGGGCCAGCAUUCACCAGAGCUGCCGCAGAGUACCCUGGUCAAGUUCGUCUCUACAACUAUGAGAAAUUUCUCAUGUUCCUUGGUUCAUCCAUCGGGUCUUUUUUCCAUCCUGAAGAGAAUAAGUAUAUUGUUGCAUUAGGUGAAAGUACCGCGAUUGAGCCGGUUUUAAAAAGAUUACAACAUGCAAUGCUUAGUGAUCCUACUGGACGUCAAAUAUUACGAGAAAGACCCAGAAUCACCUCGACUUCUCUCGAUUUGGACUACUUGAGAAGCUUGCCUGACAACACCAUAGGUAAAAGUUAUAUUACUUGGUUAGACCGUGAAGGUGUAAGCCCCGAUACUAGAGUGCCUGUACGGUAUAUUGAUAAUGAGGAGUUGGCAUACAUUUUCCAGAGGUAUCGAGAGUGCCAUGAUUUUUACCAUGCCAUUACAGGUUUGCCCAUUAUUAUUGAAGGUGAGAUUAGUGUUAAAGUCUUGGAGUAUAUGAACAUUGGUAUUCCAAUGAGCGGCCUUGGUGCAUUAUUCGCUCCUUUGAGAUUGAAGCCUAGUCAGAGGAAAAGGUUGAGAGAAAUCUAUUACCCCUGGGCUAUAAAGAAUGGUCUUUAUAGUAAGCCACUUAUCAAUGUGUACUGGGAGAAGAUCUUGGAUAAGGAUAUAAAUGAGUUUAGAAGAGAGAUGGGUAUUGAACAACCUCCCGAUUUAAGGGAUUUGAGGAAAGAGUAUUUCGCAAAAAAGAGGAGAGAGAAAGAGUUGAAAGCUGCUGCUGCUGCUGCAACAGUAACUGCAACGACAACAGCAACGGCAACAGCAACGGCAACGGCUGCUAAUGCAACUUCUGCUAGUUCAGCCAAUGUCAAACCUUCAAAUACAGCCGGGGCUAUGUAG